UGGAGGGUGCGCUUGGCGGCGGCGGCGGGAGCUGCGGAGUCGGGAAUCAAAACAAAGGGCCUGGGGGGGCGGGGGGAAGGCGGCGGGGUCGGAAUGUGAGCGACGGAGGAGCUGGCGGUAGAGGGUGGAAGAAUGAAAGAAAAGAAAGAUGAAAGAAUGUUGAACCACUUUGUAUGGCUGUAUGAUGGAAGGAACCGGAAGUGAGAACUCCUGCAGUAGAACUCUGGGAUGGCUUCAGCGAGAUAACGAUGCUAAACCAUGGCUUUGGAAAUUCUCUAAUUGCUUUUCUCGUCCUGAGCAGACGUUGCCACUUAGUCCCCAAACGAAAGAUUACAUGGAGAACAAGAAAGUCGCUGUGGAAUUAAAGGAUGCACCAUCUCCCCUUCAUGCUGGCUCUAAGCUUUUCCCAGCAGUCCCUCUUCCAGAUAUUCAUUCUCUUCAGCAACCUAAAAUACAGCUUUCAGCCGUCCCCAAAGUAAGCUGCUGUGCUCAUUGCUCUAGUGAGCCCUCCACUUCGCCGAUGCGUUUUGGUGGUGGCGGUGGCGGCGGUAGCGGAGGUGCUGGUAGCUUGAUUCACACGGGCGCACUGUUAGACUCGCAGAGCAGCAGGACCAUCACGUGUCAGGUAGGGUCCGGGCUUGCUUUCCAGUCUGCAUCUUCACUCCAGAAUGCCUCAGCUAGGAAUAACUUGGCCGGCAUUGCCAGUGACUUUCCCAGCAUGCGUCUAGAAGGUAACCUCUCAUCCUGCAAACACCUGCCCUGUUGUGGAAAGCUCCAUUUCCAGUCCUGUCACGGUAACGUGCACCAGCUGCAUCAGCUCCCGGCUCUGCAGGGCUGCCCCUCCGCUGGCUAUUUCCCCUGUUCUGAUUUCACAAGUGGGGCUCCCGGGCAUUUGGAAGAGCACAUUUCACAGUCGGAGCUAACGCCUCACCUGUGCACCAACUCUUUGCACCUAAAUGUGGUACCUCCGGUUUGUUUAAAGGGCUCACUUUACUGCGAAGACUGCCUAAACAAGCCGGCAAGAAAUAGUAUAAUUGAUGCUGCUAAAGUCUGGCCAAAUAUACCACCUCCAAAUGCUCAGAGUGCACCUGUUACUAUUCCUCUGUGUAAUGGCUGCGGAACCAAAGGAACGGGCAAGGAGACCACGCUGUUAUUGGCGACCAGUCUAGGCAAAGCUGCUUCGAAAUUUGGGUCACCGGAAGUUGGACUAGCUGGACAGGUGCUAGAAAACUUACCCCCCAUUGGGGUGUUUUGGGAUAUUGAAAACUGCUCAGUUCCCUCUGGCCGUUCAGCUACUGCUGUUGUACAGAGAAUCCGUGAGAAGUUUUUUAAAGGCCACAGAGAAGCAGAAUUCAUCUGUGUGUGUGACAUCAGUAAGGAAAACAAAGAAGUAAUUCAAGAGCUGAAUAAUUGCCAGGUAACCGUUGCCCACAUCAAUGCUACUGCGAAGAAUGCUGCUGACGAUAAACUUCGCCAGAGCCUCCGAAGGUUUGCAAAUACGCACACCGCCCCAGCCACUGUGGUUCUCGUGUCAACUGACGUCAAUUUCGCUUUGGAACUUAGUGACCUGAGACACAGGCAUGGUUUCCACAUAAUCUUGGUCCAUAAAAACCAGGCCUCAGAAGCACUGCUGCACCACGCUAACGAGCUCAUCAGAUUUGAAGAAUUCAUUUCCGACUUACCCCCCAGGUUGCCACUAAAAAUGCCACAGUGCCACACUCUGCUCUAUGUUUAUAACCUACCAGCAAAUAAAGAUGGCAAGAGCAUCAGCAACAGGCUCCGACGCCUGUCCGAUAAUUGUGGUGGGAAAGUGCUGAGCAUCACAGGCUGCAGUGCAAUUCUCCGCUUCAUAAACCAGGAUAGUGCAGAGCGGGCUCAGAAGCGCAUGGAGAAUGAGGAUGUCUUUGGUAAUAGGAUCAUUGUGUCAUUCACUCCAAAAAAUAGAGAACUCUGUGAAACAAAGAGUUCCAAUGCACUUACCGAUAAGGUGAAGUCUCCAAAAAAACUUAAGAAUCCCAAACUGUGCCUCGUCAAAGAUGCAAGCGAACAGCCUGCCAGUGCCAGAGCCACGCCUGGAAAAGGGUCGCAGGCCAAUUCGGGAUCUGCCACCAAAAACACAAAUGUGAAAAGUUUACAGGAGCUGUGCCGCCUGGAGUCGAAGACUGGUGUUAGAAUCAGUGAGCCCCAGCAAGGUACCCCGAGGCUGGUGGCACCUCCUCACAGAACCCCGAGUGCCACCGCACCCACACCUAAGAGCUCGGGCCUGGCAGAAUCCGUUUACAAAAGCAAUCCGAAAAAAGAGAGCCUCAGUGCCCGAAGUGUCAGCAGUUCUCCUGUAGAGAAAAAAGAUCAAGAGGAGACUGCGUUCCAAGUGAGUUACCCAUCGGCUUUUAGCAAGCUGAUUGCAUCGAGGCAAGUCGGUCCUCUGCUCGCGCCUCAGUCUUGGGCUUCUCGCAGGAGUAUGUCUCCAAACCUUUUAAACAGAGCAUCCCCACUUGCUUUCAACACUGCAAAUUCGGGCGUUGGUGCCGACUGCCCAGACCCAUUUGCCAACGGUGCUGACAUCCAGAUCAGCAACAUAGACUACAGAUUAUCCCGGAAGGAGCUGCAGCAGCUCGUGCAGGAGGCCUUCUCCAGGCACGGCAAGGUGAAGAGUGUUGAGCUCAGCCCGCAUACGGAUUAUCAGCUCAAGGCUGUUGUUCAGAUGGAAAAUUUACAAGAAGCCAUCAGCGCGGUGAACGGCCUCCACAGAUACAAAAUUGGCAGCAAGAAGAUCCUGGUCUCACUGGCCACGGGAGCCGCUAAUAAAUCACUCUCUUUACUGAGUGCAGAAACAAUGUCAAUUCUUCAGGAUGCUCCCGCCUGUUGUCUGCCUCUUUUUAAAUUUACAGAUAUCUAUGAAAAAAAGUUUGGACACAAGUUGAAUGUGUCCGAUUUAUAUAAAUUAACAGACACGGUUGCCAUCCGGGAACAAGGAAACGGAAGACUGGUGUGUCUCUUACCCAGCAGUCAAGCCCGACAGAGCCCCUUGGGGUCUUCCCAGUCGCACGAUGGCUCCUCAACGAAUUGCAGCCCAAUUAUAUUUGAAGAGUUGGAAUAUCAUGAACCUGUCUGCAGGCAGCAUUGUCCCAAUAAGGAUUUCAGUGAACAUGAAUUUGACCCAGACUCCUAUAAGAUUCCUUUUGUGAUUGUCUCUUUGAAGACGUUUGCGCCCCAGGUUCAUAGUCUUCUGCAGACACACGAGGGCACUGUGCCUUUAUUAAGCUUUCCAGAUUGUCACGCCGCAGAGUUCGGUGAACUGGAGGUAGUGCAGGAAAACCAAGGGGGUGUCCCCUUAGAGCACCUCAUCACCUGUGUUCCAGGUGUGCACAUUGCCACCGCGCAGAAUGGCGUCAAAGUGGUUAAGUGGAUUCACAACAAGCCCCCUCCUCCCAACACAGACCCUUGGCUUCUGCGUUCUAAAAGUCCUGUAGGUAACCCCCAGCUGAUCCAGUUCAGUAGGGAAGUGAUUGACUUACUGAAGAACCAGCCAUCCUGCGUCAUACCAAUUAGUAAUUUCAUCCCGUCUUAUCACCAUCACUUUGCAAAGCAAUGCCGGGUAUCAGACUACGGCUAUUCCAAGCUGAUUGAGUUAUUAGAAGCAGUGCCUCAUGUCUUGCAGAUUCUUGGAAUGGGUUCCAAACGCGUGUUGACCCUCACCCACCGGGCCCAGGUGAAGCGCUUUACUCAGGACCUGCUGAAGCUUCUCAAAUCCCAGGCGAGCAAACAGGUCGUCGUGAGAGAGUUCUCGCAGGCUUAUCAUUGGUGUUUCUCAAAGGACUGGGAUGUCACCGAGUACGGUGUUUGUGAGUUGAUCGAUAUUCUAUCAGAGAUUCCAGACACAACCAUCUGCUUGUCCCAACAAGAUACCGAAAUGGUGAUUUGUAUCCCUAAAAGAGAGCGCACCCAGGAUGAAAUAGAAAGGACAAAGCAGUUCUCCAAGGACGUCGUCGAUCUGCUGCGGCACCAGCCGCAUUUCCGGAUGCCCUUCAAUAAAUUCAUCCCCUCCUACCAUCACCACUUUGGCCGGCAGUGCAAACUCGCCUACUAUGGCUUUACCAAACUACUUGAACUCUUUGAAGCCAUACCUGAUAUCUUACAAGUCCUGGAAUGUGGAGAAGAGAAAAUCCUGACCUUGACGGAGGUCGAACGAUUCAAAGCUCUGGCUGCCCAGUUUGUUAAACUCCUUCGGUCCCAAAAAGAUAACUGCCUUAUGAUGACAGAUCUGCUCACAGAAUAUGCGAAAACUUUUGGUUACACAUUUCGUCUCCAAGACUAUGACGUCAGUUCCAUUUCCGCUUUAACACAGAAACUCUGCCAUGUUGUGAAGGUUGCUGACAUGGAGUCUGGCAAACAGAUUCAGCUGAUCAACCGCAAGUCCCUGCGUGCUCUCACCGCCCAGCUGCUGGUGUUGUUGAUGUCCUGGGAAGGGGCCGCCCAUCUCUCUGUCGAUGAGCUCAAGAGACACUAUGAGACCACCCACAGUACUCCUCUCAACCCCUGCGAAUACGGAUUCAUGACCUUGACCGAGCUUCUCAAGAGUCUGCCUUACUUAGUGGAGGUUUUUACUAAUGAUAAGACGGAGGAGUGUGUGAAGCUCACGAGUCUGUAUUUGUUUGCCAAGAAUGUGCGGUCUUUACUUCACACUUACCACUACCAGCAGCUUUUCCUUCACGAAUUUUCCGUGGCCUAUACCAAAUAUGUCGGAGAAACACUGCAACCCAAGACAUACGGCUAUGGUAGUGUGGAGGAGCUCUUGGGAGCGAUCCCGCAGGUGGUCUGGAUCAAAGGACAUGGUCAUAAGAGAAUUGUGGUAUUAAAGAAUGACAUGAAAAGUCGUCUGAGUUCCCUCGGCCUCUCCCCCGCCAACCCCGAAAACCAGUUCUCAGCUACCGAGCGUAUCCUGGAGGUGCCCGAAUCUCACACAGCCUCAGAACUCGAACCUGGAGCAGGCAGCGAUGGGCCCCGCCACCCGGAGCAGGAGCUGCUGCGCCUGACCACUGACUCCCCUGUGGACCUCCUGUGUGCCCCUGUGCCUUCGUGCCUGCCGUCCCCUCAGCUCAGACCAGACCCCGUCAUCCUGCAGUCUGCUGAUCUCAUUCAGUUUGAGGAACACCCUCCGGAGCCUUCUGAAAUUGGGAUUUUAAGCCAAGAAGAGAAAGUUGAAACUGCAGUCCCAGUGAAGAAUGAAGUCCCCGCCUCUGAGUCGAGCCCCCCAUGCGUCUCAGCAGCUGGCCCAGCACCUCCCUGCCCGUCCUCGGAGACCCCGGAGUCCCAGCUCAGCAAGGACCCUGUGGAGAGCCCAGCCAGAAAGCAACCCAAAAACAGAGUAAAAUUGGCAGCCAACUUUUCCUUUGCACCUAUAACCAAGCUUUGACUCGUUUUGAGCAUAGAAUUAGGAUGGGAAAACACUGUCUGAUUCUGCACACAAAAGUGGGUUCAAAAACACAGCCUUUUCUGUUCACAAAAACCCCCUAGAAGCCACUUACUUCAUCAUUAGAUGUGGAACGUUUCCAUAACAUUUUGUUUCUUUUAGAUUGAACACAGCUUUGAGCUGAAGUUUUACUUUCCUUUUUUUUUCCCCCCCUCUCAAUUUGAAAAAACAAAAAACUUGUGGCAUUUGUUAAAGCAUCCUUAAUAUGUUUGACCCAAUUUUUCUGAAUUAUUAGGAAACAUAAUGGUGUUCCGUAAGAAGAAAGCAGUAGGAACUCGGCCAGAAGGAGGUGGUUUCACUUCCGUUGAGCCACGUCAGUGGGAUAAUCCUCCACGUAGCGUCAUAGUCUCUCAGCCUUUGCUUACUGAUGUUUCCAGACAGUGUUAAUCAAAUGCAUGAUGUGUCUUUGAAGCAAAGCCGGUUCAGGGCCCUGCGUGGUCACACAGCGGAGGAGGAGGGUGGGCGAGGUGGCGAGAAUGUGUGUUCAGAUGGGACGUGAAGGUUCCUGGCUUCCAUGUGACUUGUAAGCGUGCCUCAUUUUUUAUUUAACUAUGUCUGUAGUUGACAAAGGUGACUUCAUCACAGGUCUUUUAAAAUGUUUCCACUUUGGGGUUCCAUUUAGAGCUUUCUAGAAAGUUGAGGAUGUUUUAAGCUUCCCUUUUAUGUUAAGUUCCAGUUGGAUAUGGAGUAGGUUAAGCAAAAGGAGAUGGUCUUGGUGUCAUGAAGUUCAGGUCAGCUUUUGAUUCCAACACACAUCACUGUGUGUCGAGAGGCAAUGUUGGGAAGAGAGUCUGAUUUUCUAAAAUAUGCAUCAAAUGCAUAAAUUACGAAUCAGAGCCGAGGGGUGAGGUGCUUUAACAGGGGCGGCAUCGAUACUCUUUCCACUAGGAAGAGACAGAAAUUCUAUCUAUCCAUGGGAAGGCCAAGGUUGAUCAACUUAACCUUGUUUCUGUAAUUUUAAAGCUGGUUUUGGUGGCUGGGAAGCUUUAUGCGUGAGUCUAUACGUGUCCUGUCUUUUAAUCGUGUCUGCUUUUACCCUGUUACUUCUCGCUGUUGGAAGCGUGUUUGAGUUUUUUGUGGUAUCUGAUGUUGGCAUUUGGGAAAAGCCAGCCUUUGAGGGAGCACUGCCCUGUGGAAUGACCUUCGCCUCGAGGCGGCUGAGGCGUCCGGUGACGGGUGGCCUCUCACCCCUCCUGGAGAAACCUGACAUUUACAAUGGGUUGUAUUUGUUGGGCAAAAAGGCGGAUGCAUUCAUAGAGCAGAAAGAACCUGGUGGCAUAAGGUCUUCCACUAGCAAGAUGGUUUCUUUUGGGGAAAUGUUUAUAUUUUGCAAUUUCUAGAAAGCCAGAAAAUGGGCUCUGAUUUCAUAGCCAGCAUUUUGAUAAAAUGCCACAAAAUAAGGGCUAUAGAGAGAUUUUUACAAGUCAGAUUUUUGUUCCCCAAAUCUUUUAAAUGAAGCCAGGGAUGCCCAGUUCUCAACACGUGGCCCCAGUGGAGAGGAACAACGCUGGAAAGGCCUUCUAAGCCGGAUGGCACUCUGAAUCCCCCUGAAGGCCUCUCCCCUACAGACAUAGUGUGACAGGAAGCAAAAUGCCAAUGUGCAAUCUUUUUUAAGAAGCUUUUAAACAGUGUAAUAAAGUUGGCAUUGAGAACAACAGUAGCCUCAUUCUGAGGUUUCCUAAGGCUGAAUUGGCACGCUUGGACUUGCGUUUUGCUCACAUGGAAAGAAUUGUGGACCUGAAAAUCGUAAGAGGUACCAUUACAAGUCACUAGGAACCAUCUCAAAGAGCAGCUUCUUUGGGCGACAGGCAGAGAAGAGGCUGAGGUCGGGCGCUGUCGCGUGUGUGUGUGUGGUCGAGCCGUUGGCUGGAGCCGCCGGUCAGCCUGGGACGCGCACGUGUGUCACAGUCGCUGCUGGAAGAUGCGAGAAUACAGCGGGAGCUCGUUGUGUUCGUAAUGUAUUCCACAAUGGCCAGUCCAAGUACUAUCUAUUUUUUUAUCCAGAGGCUUAAUUAAAUGGUGUGAUGCAGUGAUGUAUGAGAAUUAAGACAAUGAAAUUCUUUAUUUCUGGGUGGAAAGAUGCACCAGAUUAAUAUGUUUAAAAAAAGACAAAAGUUCUCACAACCCCCUUUCCCAUCUCGCACUGUUUGUUUUCGAUUGGGCUUGGGGAAGAGAUGUUUUUCUUAACUGUCUCUUUGUUUGAACACUUUUUUUGUGGUUCAAGUGCUGUUUUGUGUGUUGGGACCAAACAGUUGUCAAAUAAACUUUACAAGCAAGCAUCUAAGUUGA